CGACAAAGCAAGCAAAAUGUUCAAAUUUGUAGUCCUCGCUAUGGCCGUCUGCGCCGCCAACGCCGGCAUCAUCGGCCACGGGGCCGUUGUGGCCCCCUUGGCCGUGGCCCAUGCCCCCGUAGCCGUAGCCCAUGCCCCCGUUGCCACCUCGUACCAAAACUCCAACCAAAUCAGCGUGCACCCGGCCCCAGUGGUCGCCACCCACGCUGUUGCCGCCCCCGUUGCCGUAGCCCAUGCUCCCAUCGCCGUGGCUCACGCUCCCGUCGCCGUCGGUUACGGACAUGGGCUCGGCUUUGGCCAUGGUCUCCUCCAUUAGGGCCCACGGUGAAGAGAUGAGCAACGUUUACUUGUAGGGAUAUGUAAAUUUUUAUUUAUUUUUUUGGAAAUGCUUCGAAAAUAAACGAUCCAUUACAAA